AUGACGAGCACACUCAUCGUCGAUGACAGAGACGUCGAUGACAGAGCUUCAGUUAGAGUUCGUAUCCAUCAAAGAGAGGCCAGACACGGAUAUCUUGAGGACCAUGACACCCUUGCAACACUCCUCGUCUAUGAGGUUGCUGUGUCCAGCCAACAAAGUAUCACUGAAGCCAUCAAACGUAUCGACCUAGAGUGUCAUAUCGCCAACUAUGAUGGCAGUGAAGCCCCCAUUAUCUGGGACGUUGCUCCUCAUGGAAUGAAUCUUGUACAUGGUGAGCAGACGGAUGUAACUGCUGGGACAAUCGGGGGUACAGGCCCCUCAGUCAGAUGGGAGGCGGGUGAAGCACCAAACACUCAGAGGUUCGCGAUCAUUUACGGUUCUUCCCGCCAAGGACUAGCCUCAUGGGUCCUCGAUGUGAACAAAUUUUCAGAGCCUACUAGCGUUGUGUUCCCAUCCUUUCGGAUUGCUGUCCUGUUGCGUCGUUCGAGCAACAAGAAGUUCCAAUGCACUUUUAGGAUCGACAUCGCAAAGAGGCUCGGAGGAUUUUUUGUUUCAUCUUCUCCCAAAGAUGUCUUCGUUUAUGACCCAUCGUUGCACCCAAGCAGCAGUCCUAAUACACUACGAAUCGAAGACCUGAGGAAAUCAAUCGAUUUCCAGAACGACCCUGACAAACCCUUCGUCCGUGACGAACCCUUCGACCCUGACACUGGUAAAGCAGUUGAACCAACUGCAGAAGGGUCCACAUCCAUACCAACCAUAACCCUGACAUCUGGAUAUCAACUUCCAGCUGAAGGGGAGAUUGCACCUCAACAAGGCCUGAUCAAAGCUACUGAACUUCCAAGGCCAGAGAAAUCAGUCGAAUGGGCGAAGUUAUCAUCCUACUUUCAAGGAACAGCUGCAGCCGAAUCACCAAGCACAGACGUCGCACCUCGGCGUGAAGCAGACACGCCACCGCACAUCUGGGUAAUCAACCGCCAUUUCGAUGAAAUAACCGUCGUGGUGUCGAAAGGCGGAGGCUUCAAGACCUUGCCGGAUGAAACAACUACUCCUACAUAUAGCCUUGUUGGAGAGGUCACAUUCAGCGAGACGUUGUUUCGUGGUCCAGCGGUCAGAGAAACCCUCGCUCCUUACACUGAAGACUGCGAGUACUCUAGUGCGGUAUUCCCUUUAUGGCCGGGAGACAGCGGAUUUGGUACCAUCAGCAUAUUUACAGGGAGCGAUAAAAAACUGUACCUGGAAGAUGAAAUGGUGCCAGCUGGUGCCAGGAUCUACUUCGACCAGAAAGCGGACAGGCAACAGCUCAAGAAUCAGAGUGCAGCUCAAUCGCGAGACAGUCCUUUAUUUCCCAUCACAAUCAACGGAUGGACGCUUGACCCCGAAGUGGCCAACCAUAGCAGCACUGAGUCGAACUAUAUCUUGAUACAGAGUUGGAUGCCUCUUACAUCCCUGCAGAUGAAAGAAUUGGAGCAGAUGGACCUGACAUUCCACGAUCGUCGCUUGUUCUACGUCAACUAUGCGGAUAUCUACCCCCAGGAAUACAAGAUCUCAGGUAGUCUGAGGGAGGUGGCUCGGAGUCCCAGGGGGGAUCGUUCCCGCAUUCCACACAAGGUUGAUAUUGUCUUUCAUGACGAUGUCAACCUCGAAAAAGUCGGAAAAGAAAUCGCAAAAAUUGCCCACUUGAGACCAGAAACAAUGCAAUUCUGCCAACACAAAGUCCAGCAGUUGAUCCAGGAGCAACACCUGUCCGACAUAGCGUCGCUCGACGAGGUGCGAGUCAUUGAAAAGGUUUACAAAUCGACGGGGCGAAGCCAUGUGGCGCGAGGAAUUCUUCGGGCCGAUGCUGCAUGGGAUCCUGUUGACCCACUGAUACAAACUUUCGAGGGCGAGGGAGAGGUUAUCGCUGUCGCAGACAAAGGAUUUGACAGCGGGCACAUAAGCAACCAUCACCGCGCAUUUUGGCAUCAAGACGGCCAAGGAAGCCGCGUUUUGUCAAUAUACCCAUUGAGCAACAUCCCUUUAGUAAAUGACUUUGACGGCCAUGGCACCCACGUCUGCGGAUUGGCUGUAGGCAGCGGCCAUGCUGCAAUCGAGGGAGGCAUUGAUAUCCAAGGAACAGCUCCGAGGGCGAACCUGGUUGUUCAAUGUCUUGGUCCCGACUACGAUGGAGUACCUAAAGAUCUUUGGCAACUUUUCGAGAUGCCUUACUGGAAGGAUAGAGCACGAGUGCAUUCAAAUUCCUGGGGUAUGACUUGUGGGAGACACCAACAUGGUUACGAAGACCGGGCCAAACGGAUCGACCAAUUUGUUUGGGAGCAUACGGAUAUGGUGAUUUGCUGGGCUGCUGGCAACGAUAACAUCAACCCUGGCACAGGACACCCGCUUGCACAGAUUGGAGCCGAAGCAGCUGCGAAGAACUGUAUCACAGUAGGUGCAACUAACAACGACGUUCACGACGCCGAUCAACUUUUUGAGGAUAGCAGUUGUGGACCUACCAGAGAAGGGCGGAUCAAGCCUGAUGUUGUGGCACCGGGAAUACGUCUUCUAUCGGCGAAUUCGGCACAUAAAGGGCAUCCAGAAGAGCCCUCUGACGACCCCAUGUGGAGCUACAUGACUGGUACGAGCAUGGCCACCCCACUUGUCGCUGGCUGUGCGGCUGUCCUACGGGAGGCUUUGAGAGGGCAGAUGGACAUAUGGGAACCUUCUGCUGCAUUGAUCAAGGCGCUCUUGGUCAACGGUGCAGUACGCCUUGAAAACAGGAAUCAAUCAGGUUUUGGUCGAGUCAACCUUGCCAACUCCUAUGCUGCAGCUCGUGGAACGGUUGACUCUGGUUUUAGAGAAGGAAUAAUCGAAGACGCAAACGCGUGGGGCCAGAUCGAUGUCCCAAUCUCCAAUCAUAAUGGGCCAGUGACCCUGAAGGUGACGCUGGUCUGGUCAGAUUAUCACGGGGCAAGACUGCAGAAUGGCCUGUAUCUGGCCGUCAUGGUGCCAGGUAAACCCAAGCGUUAUGGAAAUGACGAGAACGACCAAAGGCGGAUGGAUAAGACAAACAAUGUCCAGCAAGUCGAAUGGAAAAGGAUACCGCCACCAAAGGCAAGUAUUAUCAUCCGUGCUUGGAAGUUGGAUCGGGGCCUACAGGAGUUUGCCUGUGUUUGGAGAGUUAUACCUACAGCGUAA